AUGCCUUGUGGCGGCAGUGCUGGAAGCGCACUGUCAACCACUUGCCCGUCUUAUGGACAAUGUCCAAAUCAAAGAGUCCGUCCAGAUGAAGAAAUCACAUUCCUUCACAUUUCCAUACAAGUGGUGGAAGGCCACCCAGACGACGAACAGAACCUGACGGUGGCAGAAGAAGCUGACACCCAGGCGUUAAAGAAAGAAGACCCUCAUAAAAAAUUAACGCAUGAAGAGCGUAAGAAGAACCCACAAACCACACCCGAGGAGACCCCAGAAACCACACCAGAAGAGGUCGCAGAAGCCAGACCAGAGGAGGCCUCAGACACUACACCAGAGGAGACCCCAGAAAAAACACCAGAAGUGAACCAAGAAACCACAGCAGAAGAGGCCCCAGAAACUACAUCUGAGGAGGCCCCAGAAAUGACUCCAACAAUCACGACAGGUAGAGAUAACAACACACUCUAA